AUGCAGCCUGGAGAGCAUUCUGUGGCUACUUCAUCAUCUGCCAAAGCAGCAAAGGUGUACCCAUCUAUACUGGGUUAUAGUUUUCAGUGUUCAAAAUGUUGUAAAUGGAGGCUGGUUCCAACAAAGGAAAUAUAUGAAAAUAUAAGGGCAAACAUCUCUGCCAAUCCAUUCUUUUGUGAGAUGGCAAAUCAGUGGGAAAGGAAUAUAUCAUGUGAAGAUCCAACUGAUGUGGUUCCAGAUGGAAGUAGGCUUUGGGCUAUUGAUAAGCCUAACAUUCCUCUUCCACCUCCGGGAUGGAGGCGUGAAUUAGGGUUCAGAGCUGUCGGAGGUACCCGCUUUGUAGAAGUCUUUUACUACUCACCAUUUAAAAGAAGAUUCCGUUCCAUACCAGAAAUUGAAAAGUAUUUAAAAGAACACCCAGAGCAUGUAGCAGUUGUGAUAGAUAUAAAUCAAUUUUGUUUUGAUUCACCAGAGCCUCUAUUUCAAAAAAAGGGAAAAAGAAAGCAUCACCUUUCUAUAACUUCCUUGUCUCAGCCAUAUCAAUCUGGUCAAGAAGUUAUAUAUAUAGAUGAUGAUGAUGAUGAUAUUGAAGUGCAAGGUGGUAGUGCACCCAAUGUCAGUAGCAACAGUUGA